UAGGAGUGUAGAGCUCUAGACGGGAGAGCAUGGAGUUCGUAUCCUUGUAGCGAUUGGAGAUGAAGACCCGUCUGUGCAAGAUGAUGUGCGCAACCGUUGGUUUCCCUUGGUCGGUAGCACAGAUAAAAACCGUUUGUCAGCCUGAGACGGUUGAUGUUCAGCAUCGUUCUCGUCAAGUACGGAGGUUUCCAAGGCCAGAAGUUCUGCUUGCAAUGGAUUUGUUGCUGGAAUCGGGAAGGCCAUGGCGUGUAGAAAGGUCCCAUCUGCUUUCCUCAUAAUGGCGCCACCAGCACUCUUAUUUCCACAAAAGGCAGCGUCUGUGUUCAGCGUAAGAGUAGUAGCAAAAUAGCAGUAGAGGGUCAGAGUUGCAAUAUGCAUUCACUCUAAUUCCCAAGAUACAAUGUCCAUGUAUAAUUUUGUUACUGUUACAAGACCAAGACGUGAUGUAAUUCAUAACGAAGUUAGCGGGUCUCAUACUUUUAAACAACCUCGAGUUGAGGUAAAUGUAGAUGAUUUGCCCACAGACCCUGGAUUACGUCCAAAACUUUGUAGUUAUCAUCCAAAUGAUCAAGAUAAAGUGAGAAGGUUUUAUUUGCAAAAAGGGCCUUGCCAGCCGCGCACUCAUGAUUUUCCUCAACGAAUGUUUGGUACUAAGUCCAGAAGAUUUUGCCCCUCUUGGUUUAAUGAAUUUGAAAGUUGGUUAGAAUAUAGCAUAAAUAAGGAUGCUUCUUAUUGUUUGUAUUGUUAUCUUUUCAAAGUUGACUAUGGAAAACAGUCUGGUGGGGAUGCAUUUGUUACCACAGGAUUUUCUAAUUGGAGUGUUAAGGGUAGACUUCGGGAUCAUGUUGGAGUGCCAAAUAGUGCACAUAAUAUUGCUUACAGAAAGGGUGAAGAUCUGAUGAAACAAAUCCAACAUAUUGAUGUUGCCAUCCUCAAACAGUCCGAUCAAGUUCGUGAAAUAUACCGGCGCCGAUUAUCUGCUUCACUUACUUGCAUUCGCUUCCUUUUGAAACAAGGGUUACCUUUUCGUGGUCAUGAUGAAUCUGAUGCAUCUUCUAAUCAAGGUAACUUUCUUGAACUUCUAAAGGUUCUUGCGGCUUGUAAUGAAGAUAUAAAAAAAUGUGUUUUGCAAAAUGCCCCUGAUAACCAUCGAUUAACUGCCCCUAAGAUUCAAAAAGACAUUGUUCAUGCUGCUGCUACCGAGACCAUCAAAGCAAUUAUAAAUGACCUUGGGAAUGAAUAUUUUUCUAUUAUUGUUGAUGAGUCUAAGGAUGUAUCCAUCAAGGAAGAAAUGGCCAUUGCUUUACGUUACGUUGACAAAAGUGGAAGCAUUGUUGAGCAUUUUAUAGGGGUUGUUCACGUCACAGAUACUAGUGCUUUGACUUUAAAGAAGGGGAUUGAUCUAGUAUUUAGUAAGUAUGGAUUAAGUGUAUCAAGGAUACGGGGACAGGGUUAUGAUGGGGCUAGUAAUAUGCAAGGAGAAUUUAAUGGGCUUAAGAGUUUAAUUCUGAAAGAAAAUCCAUCUGCUUUCUGUAUUCACUGCUUUGCUCAUCAGUUGCAACUCACACUUGUUUAUGUAGCAAAAACACAUGAUCAUGCUGCUUUGUUUUUUGGUUUAAUUUCUACACUUAUCAAUAUUGUUGGGGGGUCGUGCAAGCGAUACGACUUGCUUCGUGAAACACAUGCAGCUAAGGUUAAAGAAGGAAUUGCAAAAGGUGAAAUUCAAACUGGGCGAGGCAUGAAUCAAGGAAUUGGUUUGAAGCGAAGUGGUGAAACUCGUUGGGGUUCUCAUUAUGGCAGCCUGAUUAGUUUAGUUCAAAUGUAUUCCUCGGUGAUUGAUGUUCUUGAAGUUAUCAAAGAAGAUGGGGUGACUUCUGAUCAAAAGGGUGAGGCUAUGCGACAUUUAGACUCUAUACAAACUUUUGAUUUUGCAUUCUUUUUGCAUUUGAUGAAGACUGUCUUGGGAAUUACCAAUGAAUUAUCUCAAGCAUUGCAAAGAAAGGAUCAAGAUAUCCUUAAUGCGAUGCAAUUGGUAUCUAUUGCGAAGGGACGCUUGCAAGAUAUGAGAGAUGAUGGAUGGGAUCCAUUAUUGGAGGAAGUGUCUGCUUUUUGCAAAGUUCAUGAUCUUGACAUUCCUAAUAUGGAAGACAAAUUUAUACCAAAAGGCAGGUCACGGCGCAAAGCUAAGGAUAUAAAAUAUUGGGAGCAUUAUCGGUAUGACUUGUUUUAUACAAUUGUGGAUAUGCAACUUCAAGAACUUAAUUACCGUUUUAGUGAGUCCAACACUAAGUUGCUUCUUUGUUUGAGGUGCUUGAGUCCAGACAAGUCCUUUGAAGCUUUUGACAAGCUCAAGUUGAUUGAGUUUGCUACAUUUUAUCCAAGUGAUUUCUCAAGUGUGGAGCUAGUAGUUCUUGAAAACCAGUUGGAGACUUAUAUUCUUGAUAUGCGAAGUAAUGAUGAAUUUUCAGAGUUGAAAGGAAUUGCUUGCCUUGCAGAGAUGUUGGUGAAGACGGGGAAACAUCGUGUUUAUCAGUUAGUUUAUUUACUUCUGAAGUUAGCACUGACAUUACCUGUUGCUACCGCCAAGGUUGAAAGAGCUUUUUCAGCCAUGAAAAUUGUGAAGACCGAGUUGCGAAAUCGGAUGGGAGAUGAUUGGAUGAAUGACUGUUUAGUUCCUUAUAUAGAAAGUGAUGUGUUUGAUAGCAUUGAUGAUGAGUUAAUUAUUCAACACUUUCAAAAUAUGCAAGCACGCCGAGGACAACUAUAAAAGAGACAGAACAUUCCGGCAAAAAACCCUAUCGAGCGAAAAUUGAGGAACGCUCAAGAAGCUUUGCCGCCGCAGCUCUCCAGGGAUGACUGCAAAGAUAGACGAACGUGCAAGAAGCUCCGCCGCCGCCGCUCACCAUAGAUUACCCUCGGAGUUAGAUGAAAUCCAGGAAGCUCCGUCGCAGCCGCUCUCCAUGGAUGACCCACGAAGAUAGAGGAACGCGUAAGAAGCUCCGCCGCUGCACUCCAUGGAUGACCCUCGACCUCACAUCAUUAACCUCUGGUGAUCCAUUACCAGAACAGCUUCCCUUAGACUCUCAGAGUAACCCCUGAUAAGCCAAAUCUGGGAGAUGGAAUCAAGUGUGCUUUGGAUAUGGGCUAAUAGUUCAUUUUUUGGGAUUGAUUAAGACAGACCCGAUUCUUUCUAUGGUAUGCUCUUCAAAAUCU